CCUUUUCUUUUCCUUCUGUUUAGAUGUGACACUGUAAAUGGAGCCAUAUGUAGACAGUGUUUAUCUAAAGACAGUCUAACCACUUUAACAAGACAUAAAAAUCUUUGCCCAGGGUAUUAUCUUUUGACAGCUCAGACAGCUCACAGACUUUUUUCUCUGAUCAGUUACAGGAAACUGUGAAUCAGCACAGGCAAAGCUGCCAGGAAUUCUUUAUGAAGGACAAUCUUUAUGAACUGGUCCAUUAUGUAGACCCUGUAUUCAAAGCUAGGAAGAGGAUUUAACGAUCGAAAGUGAUGUUAGUUGAGAACGAACAGUUCACGGUUCAUGUUUACAAGAGCUCUUAAAGCACUGUUUGCUCUGUGCGAGAGGUGAGAUGGAAAGUAAAUCUUGAGCGAGCUCAGACAUGCUGAUGAAGUGUGGACACACCCUGGUGUUAUUCAGGGCAGAAAAUGGAGGACAGCUGCAUGCGUUCUGGACCAGCAGGAGAAACAGUGGUUGCUAACGGCACGUCACCUCCGGCCAGUUUUGUUGCAUAAUAAGAAACCCAAGCAUAGUUUAAGACAUAGAUUGGAAGUAGACUGCCAAUUCAAACGACAGUACUGCAGCUGAACUGCUGCUUAGGAAUUUUAGUGAGUGUCUAGCUCAUAAAAUCCAAACCUUCGGGUUUGAAGUUGCCCAAGAAAGCCGAUAAAAAGCCAGCUGAGACAGCAGCUCAAACUGUCCCUUAAAACCAUGGCACUGCUCAAAGUGGGCCGCACCACAGACUGUCAGAGGACCGAGCCUGGUUUAUUGGCCUCUCUACAUCUCGCAUUGGCUGACUAACCAGCACAGUGGCGCUCCUGUUCACGCAUCACUGAAACAUACUGGUCUCAAAGGAAUCCCGAUGAUCCUGUGCAGUCCGAUGAGCUUUGCAGUGCUGUGCUGCAUACUGUGGCUCGCUGCGCCUGCCUUCCUGCGCUCUGAAUUCAAGGUGGCCUACGUGACUGAGCGCAGCGUGUACAUGUGCACAUGUGCCCAGGAUCUGACCUUCUGUGAGAAGAUGAACUCCAGCGAGUUCAGCAACUGCAAGGAUCAAUCAUCUGUCCUGCACAGGGCCGAGAGUCCCAGCCCGGUUCACAAAAAGAAUCUGACGGUGUGGUACAGCUCGCCUCUUAACGUGCCCCUCCUGCUGAACAACUCUGAGGUGCAGCACCUGUCUCUGAUCCAGUGCAAGCCCGCCGCCGAGCAGCCCGUCCCGUUCGAGUACUUCACAGUGCAGCGCUUGGAGACUCUAACGGUCACCUAUCCCUUCUGGAAGCCUGGACAGAGCUAUAAAAUUAUCAUAGGCAAGGACAGGGACGCCCCUUACCACGAGGAGGCGAGGAUCGCUGUCAUUCAUACCUCUGUGCUGACCGGCAAAACAGAGCUGAAGUCCUACACAGUCCAAACCAACGUGGACCGCAGCGGAAUGAUGUCCUUCCCGAACAUUUUUAUGUCUCGCAAUGGGCUUUCGGAAAUGUCCAGGAUAUUUUUCACUUUUCUGUACUGAGAGGCGUUUUUUGUUUUUUCAGGAAUUUAAAAGCUUCAUUGUAGUCACUAUAACACAAAUAGCUGCCGUGCAUACUUAAGAAUGGAUAUGCUUAUACAAUUACAUUAUACUUAUUGCAUACGUUGCAAACAUCAAAAUCGUUCAGAAUCACAAAUGAUCAUAAUACUAAACAAGAACAAGUUCAUUCUCUGAGGUUUGUAAUGUGGGCUUUGCACAUGCGCGAGGAUUUCAUUCUCUUAAGAUGUUUUGAAUUUACAAUAAAUAAAAUAGAAUACUAUUGAUUUUUUAAAAAUGUAUUUAUAUAAAUAAAAAAUGGCAAAGAAUUGUGUGAUGCUGUUGUUAAACAUUCUAGCACCCUGCAGAAUCUGUUCCGCUUAGACCGAGAGGUAGUCAUUUGUAAUUUCUGUUCAAAAAAGCAAAAGCACACUUGAGAUAAGAACGCAUUUGCUGCAGCAAACAUGCUGUUUUAGCUUGUCUCUACAUGUCUUUUACUCGUAUCUAAGCAUUCCGCAUCACAAGUGCAUCGCUGCGCCAGGUGAGCUACUGAGCAAAUUUAAUAGAUCAGAAAA